AUGAGUAAUCCCGAGGAAACAAAAAUGAAUACUGAGGCAGAGAUUAAUGAAAAUUCUGGUGAAAGUGAUUACCUCUCGAGCGACGAUGAAGAAAUGGAGUUUCGUGAAAUCGUUCUCGCCCUUCCUGCGCUGAGUCUUUGUGGAAGUCCAGUAGUGGACGAAGCAACUCGCCAAAAAGCCAUCGCCGCGGCUGACUUAUUGAUUGCUGCCUCUCAAGAAGCGUUGGUGACCAAAGGUAAUACGGAACAAGGGGUUGGUGGAAGUGGUGAAACAUCUAAAAAGAAAAAGGCUCGUCGUCCAAGGAGGGUUAACUUGGACAUCUUGGCAGAUGUGGCCGGUGAAGAGCCGGCAAAGAAGCCUAGGAAGAAAGGUUCUUCUAAGUUGAUUAACCCACCUGAUGGCCCUCCUAAAUGUAACAUUUGCGGUAAAACUUUUCUUUCUUGGAAAGCUGUAUUCGGCCACUUAAGGGCGCAUAAGGACCGUGGCUACCAUGGUUUCUCUCCUCCGCCCACAUUUAAUGCGGCUGUUGCUGCUUCUUCCGGUGUACGAGGAUCAGGUCUAGGCACCGGAGGAUUACAAUUUGAUUUGAACGUCCACCCAAUUGACGAGGAGGAGGAAACUACUUUAAAGUUUGAUCUCAACAGGUCGCCACCACAAGAUGAUGAAGAAGACGGGAAAAAGGACAAAGCGGACUGA